AUGCUUCUCUUCCUCCUAUACCUUCUGCUUCCAGUUUUAGCCCAAUCUUGUUUGGUUAUUAGAUACACUGAGCCGCCAAAAUGCGAAUGUCAAUGGAUUCCACUGAACAGGGAAAACAUUGAAAGUUUUGCGGGAGAAAAUCCAUUUUAUACCGAGAACGUUACUGUGUAUAAGAAUUAUCAAUUGUAUUCUUUGUUGUUCCCUCCCGUCUCUACUCAAGAUGACUGUUCUUUAUCAAUUUAUUGUGACAUCGAGGGAUUGAGUCUUGUUGUUAUGACUAAGACAUUUGCUAUUUUGUUUGGCGCCUACUCUGCGGACGCCCUCUGUAACCCCUAUACUCAAAAAUGGCAAGUGGAUAAUGGGGCGGAGCUUGUUACCUAUGAUGAGUUGUACGCAGUUUGCCUGGAUUACAGAUUGCGCACUACAGUUACACCGCCACCAGCGACGCCAGAACUACCAGCUCCUACAACAGGAACACCGCCACCAGAGAUUAUUCCUUUCAGAAGUGCAGUUAAUAAGUUUUUGAGUUGGUUCUGGUAA